AUGCAAAAGGAGCAUGGAUUUUUUAUUGUUGCACUUAUGGAGCCCAAGCAGAAGAAGAGAUUUAUUCAGAAGUAUAGAAGGAGAGUGGGAGUGGAAGCAGCUAUUUCAAAUGUUAAUGGAAAGAUUUGGUUGUUCAUUGAUGCGUUGGUGGAGUUUGAUGUACUGAUUGACACUGACCAAAUGCUGACAAUCAGAGUGUAUCAUAGGGAACUAGGUAAGUACAUGAUGAUGACCUUUGUCUAUGCUAAAUGUUGUGCAUUAGAGAGGUUAGAAUUAUGGGACAAUUUGUAUUAUUUGGCUAGUGACAUGGAAUUGCCCUGGUUAGUUGGAGGGGAUUUCAAUGUAGUUCUUGGAGAAGAUGAGAAGAUAGGAGGGCUACCAGUAUAUCCACUAGAGUAUGAAGACGUUGCCUUUUGUGUUAAUUCAUGUGGGGUGUUUGAUUUGGGGUAUAAAGGGAGUCCUUUUACCUGGUGGAAUGGAAGGCCUAAUGAGGAAUGCAUCUUCAAAAGAUUGGAUAGGAUUCUUGUGAAUAUGCCUUUCCAAUCCUUGUUUCCAACAAUUGAAGUGGAGCAUCUCAUAAGGACAGGCUCAGAUCAUGCACCAUUGUUAAUGAGCUGUGGAGAGGAAGCAAUGAAAUUUGUGAAGCCUUUUAAGUUUUUGAAUUUCUGGACAAAACAUGAAUCUUUCAUGGAAGUGGUGAAGCAGAAUUGGGUUGCAGACUUUAUAGGGGACCCUUUCUUGAUGUUCAAGCAAAAGCUGAAGAGGGUCAAGAUUGCUCUAUCAAAAUGGAGUAAAUUGACAUAUGGUGACAUUUUUAAACAAUUGGCUAUAAGGGAGGACAUAGUGAGAGUUAAGGAGAUGCUGUUUGAGGAGGACCCUUCAUCAGAGAAUAGGGUGGUUCUACAGCAACCACAAGCUGAACUUAAAAAAUACCUGAGUAUAGAGGAGCAGUAUUGGAAACAAAAAGCACGAAUGACAUGUUUGAGGAAGGAGAUAGAAACACAAGAUUUUUCCAUAAUUAUGUCAAUGGGAAGAGGCAAAAGUUGA